UGUUCUAUCGCGUUUAAUCUGUGCCCGAAACGGAUGUUCUGAUCUCCUCUUCGCUUUCCGAACUCCGUCGAUUUGUUCUGGUUUCAGACAAUCCCACCUGGAUCUUGUUGCUCCCCUUUUGUUUCGCGUUUUUUGAAAUUUUCCUUUGAGCUUCAAAUCAUGGUGAAAACCACCGAGUACUAUGAUAUCUUGGGGGUUAGAGUUGAUGCGUCUGAUGCUGAGAUCAAGAAGGCCUAUUACAUUAAGGCAAGACUGGUGCACCCUGAUAAAAAUCCCGGAGAUCCACAAGCUGCACACAACUUCCAGAUACUUGGAGAGGCUUAUCAAGUCUUGAGUGAUCCUUUGAAACGCGAAGAGUAUGACAAGCAUGGAAAGGAAGGUUUUUCCCAAGAUUCCAUGGUAGAUCCUGCUACCGUCUUCGGCAUGAUGUUUGGAAGUGAUUUCUUUGAAGAUUAUAUUGGACAACUGGCUCUAGCAACCAUUGGUUCAGUAGAAGCAGAAGAAGAAUCACAAACUUCAGACAACCGAAGACAAAGAGUGCAAGAGAAAAUUAAGGAGCUACAAAAAGAAAGAGAACAGAAACUAAUCCAAGCUCUGAAAGAUCAUCUUCAUCUAUAUGUCUCAGAGCAAGAAAAUGAAUUUGUCGAUUGGGCAAACUCUGAAGCACGUCGUCUAUCGCAAGCUGCUUUUGGGGAGGCUAUGCUGCAUACUAUAGGAUACAUAUAUGCUAGACAAGCUGCUAGGGAAAUUGCAAAGAGCAAGGGAUACAUGGGCAUGCCAUUUGUAGCUGAAUGGGUAAGAAAUAAGGGUCACAAUGUGAAAUCCCAAGUUAACGCAGCAUCAGGGGCAAUUGCAUUGAUCCAGCUUCAGGAAAAGGCAAAAAAAGAAGCACAGGAUGGUGAGGAUCUGGUGAGGACCAUGGAAGAGAAAAAAGACGCUAUGCUUAGCUCGCUGUGGAAGAUUAAUGUGCUCGACAUAGAAUCCACUCUUUCACACGUCUGUCAGGCAGUUCUGAGGGACAAUACAGUUUCUAAGGAUGUACUUAAGUUACGAGCCACGGCAUUGAAGAAGUUGGGGACAAUUUUCCAGGGUGCAAAGGCUGAUUAUAGGAGAGAAAGCAGCCUUCGAGUGGAAACUGACAACCGCGAUAUCACCAAUCCAAAACUCAAUUAGCAUUUCAAACUUAUCAAAUUGCUCUUUUUAUUGGUUAAGGAAAUCUAUAUUGUCAUGUGAAGAAGUUCAUUCUUUUAUAGGCUUACUUGUACUUCAUAACCUGUGUCUCUAAUGGCACCAUGCUAGCCUAAGAUUUCUUGUGUUGGAUUUAUUUGCUUAACUGGUCAUAUAUUAAAAACUAUAGAUUUGGAGAAUAAAUUCUA